GUUGCUGUCCUUCCCAGUCGGUUCCUCGCUUUCUCCCUCGUUGCACUUAGGGUUCUUGGUCUGAAGAUUCUCGCGCCGAAGGGUCAACCAGCCCAAUCAGCUCGUCACCACCUGUCCCCUCCUCCUUUGAUGGCAAAACCAGGUUACUGAGACAGUACAGCUCCCUCUAGCAAACCUAGGGCCGUGUACAUAGUGCCCGUCCACCUUUCUGAUGACGUCUGCCUCCGCGCACAAAGAUGAGAUGGGCAUUGCUGCCUACACCGACAGCCUGGAGGCCCGCGCAUCUGCAUCUUUGUACCUGACGCACCAGUGCCGACCCAACUCCACCACUACGCACGCCUCGCGGCGGGUGCGCCGCAGCAAGAAGGUAUCGGUCCCCUGA